AACUUGAAGCUCUCAUUUCUCUGAUCCAGAUUUUCAACUCCCAUGGCCAUGGCUUCUAGUGAUCACAAUGAGCUUCACUUCAUUUUGAUUCCACUAAUGGCACAAGGUCACAUGAUCCCCAUGACUGACAUAGCCAGAUUACUAGCCCAGCACGGCGUCGCCGUCACCAUCAUCACCACCCCAAUUAACGCUUUCCGGUUCAAGACCAUCAUUGAUCGGGCAGUGAAAUCUGGCCUCCGAAUCCAACUUCUCCAACUUCAUUUUCCAUCAAAAGAAGCCGGGCUUCCAGAGGGGUGUGAGAACUAUGACCAUAUCUCCUCACAAGAAAUGAAGAUCAACUUCUUCAAAGCUACAAGCAUGCUCCAACCAGCCUUAGAGCAAUCACUAGGGGAGAUGGAGCCACGCCCAAGCUGCAUAAUCUCUGACAUGGCUCUCCCAUGGACAUCCCAUACUGCUCUUAAGUUUGGGAUUCCAAGGAUUUUCUUCAAUGGCAUGUCUUGCUUCACUCUCUUGUGCAACCAAAACUUGCUCCGUUACAGGCCACAUGACAGUGUUGAAUCCGACUCACAGACCUUCUUGGUUCCAGGCAUGCCUCAUGUGAUCGAGCUAACGAAGGGUCAGCUACUGGGACUUGUUCGUGAUGAUAAGUCCUACUUACAAGAACUUCGAAAACAAAUGAGAGAAGUUGAGCUAACAUCAGAUGGUGUGUUGAUCAACAGUUUCUACGAAUUGGAACCUUCUUAUGUAGACCAGUACCAGAAGCUUAUGGGGAAGAAAGCCUGGUGUGUUGGCCCUGUGUCACUCUACAACAAGGAGGCCUCAGAUAAGGCUGACAGAGGAAAUAAGGCAGCCAUUGAUGAGGACAAAUGCUUGGAGUGGUUGGAUUCGAAGGAAACAGAUUCUGUCAUUUACGUUUGUCUCGGGAGCCUGUGUCCCUUGGCUCCCUCACAAUUGAUAGAGAUUGGGAUGGCCUUGCAGAGAUCGAAUCGCCCAUUCAUAUGGGUGAUCAGACAAGGAAACAACAAUAAACCAUCACCUGAUCAGUUGGAAAGGUGGUUAUCGGAAGAAAGAUUCGAAGAGAGAACGAAAGGAAGAGGUCUAUUGAUUCGGGGCUGGGCACCACAAGUGAUGAUCUUGUCACACACGGCGGUGGGAGGGUUCAUAACACACUGCGGGUGGAACUCAACCCUGGAAGGGAUGAGCGCAGGUGUGCCUAUGAUAACAUGGCCCAUGUUUGCAGACCAAUUCUAUAACGAAAAACUCAUUGUGCAGAUUUUGGAGAUUGGAGUAAGGGUUGGUGUGGACAUCCCUUGCCCUGUAGUGGAGGGUGAAAGGGUUGGUGUGUAUGUGAAGGGUGAAGAGGUUGAGAAGGCCAUAGGGUUGUUAAUGGAUGGUGGUGAGGAAGGAGAAGUGAGAAGGAAAAAAGUGAGAACGCUUAGGGAGGUGGCAAAGAGAGCAGUUGAAGAGGGGGGAUCUUCUCAUCUCAACAUCUCACUCUUUAUUCAAGAUAUCAUAUGUCAAGUCGCACAAAAACACUCAAGAACAGUCAAGGAGAGCAGUUUAUUAGUGAUGGAUAAGUUAUAAACCAAUUAUAACUUCAGAU